ACUUAUCGAUGACCGAGAGUAAACUGCUGUGGUGAACUCCCGCGAUCAAGCAUUGUCUGUCGUUGUCGCUGUGUUGGUCCGGUAGUCGCGUUUCAGUGUUUCCAGAUUUCUCGAUCGAAAGUCGGUGGGUCUUUUCGAUUUUAUUUACAAACAUUGGAGUAACAAAGCCUCAAAAUUCCUGCGAUGAAGAGAAGAAACGUUGAGGCUGGAAAGCCUCGACGGACGUUCAAGCGAGCUAACAAGUUCACUGAAGGCGUUUAUGGAAGCUCCUUCAUAUACUUGAAAUUGAUAUUGAUCUGGUCUCUGGUUCUACUUGCCGAUUUUAUUCUCGAAUUCCGUUUUGAAUAUUUAUGGCCUUUCUGGUUGUUGAUCCGAAGUGUAUGUGAUUCAUUCAAAUAUCAAGGAUUGGCUUUAUCAGUACUAUUCGUUUGCGUUGCUGUGGCAUCUGAUACUAUCUGCUUUUUAUUCAUACCAGUUCAGUGGUUAUUUUUUAUGGCAAGCACUUAUGUCUGGGUGCAGUAUAUUUGGCAUACAGAUCGUGGAAUAUGUCUGCCAACUGUAUCACUCUGGUUAUUAUUUAUGUAUAUCGAGGCAUCGAUUCGUUUGAAGGAUUUACGAAACAACCCUUUCCAAGUUGAUCUUUGUCGACCAUUUGCUGCUCAUUGUAUUGGAUAUCCUGUUGUAACUCUUGGAUUCGGAUUCAAAAGUUAUAUUCAAUAUCGACUGAGAAUACGAACUCAAAAAAAUGUUCAAAAAGAUAAUGAAUUUUAUUUUGAAUUGUUGAAGAACGCACUUCCAGUGGAACAACGUCAACGGUCGAUAAAACAAGAUCCUGAAUCUUCUCCUAUUUCGAAUGGAGUUGCAUCUCUUCCGUCAAAUGGUUCAACAAAUUCUUUAAAGAAAGAAAAGCGUCCUAAUUCUCUUGUUGAUUCAAAUGCAUCAGGAAAUCGUAAUAUUCAAUCAUCAUUUAAUGAAGACUCACCAACUUCAGCGUCUAAAUGCAAUUCUAAUUUCAAUAACGCCUCUGGUGGCGGGAACCAGAAUUCAUCUGCGAGUAAAAAGCUACCACAGCAGCGGAAUAAUAAUCUUUUGUCAUCGAAUGGUUCUAAGUCACCUACGCCAUCUUCGGGAGGUGAUUUUAUUUCGUCGAAAAUGGAAUUGCGGAAACGAAACACAAAUAUAUCACAAUCACAGUCUCAAUCAAAUUUAAAUUCAUCAAAUUUUUAUUGCAAAGGCCCGACUCCUUGUACGCCUAACAAGAAUCAAUCUUCAAGUCGUAGUUCCAGUGUUAGUAGCUUAGAAAGCAAUAAUUCUCCAAAAACACACCAUGAUCGGAAUGGGAGUAUACAAAAUAGUGUGAUGGAAAUUCCACAGACUGAUGUGAAAAUUGUCACACAACCUGUUGUUGAUUCUAAACCUUCUGUUAUAACUAUUGCGGAUAAAGAAAUAACUAAAGAUCAGAAUAUUUUAAGAAUUGAAGAACUUGAAUCUUGUAUUUCUGAUUUGAAAACGGAACUAAGUUUAACUCGUCAGUGUGAAGGGGAUUUACGUACACAAAAUUAUACUUUGAUUCAUGGUGAGAAGUCUGCGAAGAAUGAACUAUCACAACUCAGAAGGAACAAUGAUGAACUGCAAAAUAAACUUCAUAAUUUGGUCAACAACAAACAAAAAGAUAAACAAACGCUUCAGUCCCUCGAAAAACGUUUGAAAGCAGAAACAGAAGUUCGCCAUGCUGUUGAAAAAGUUCUGAUAGAAGAAAGAAACAAGAGAAAAGAGGAAGAAGAAACUGCUGCAAGAGCUGUUGCAUUGGUGGCAAGUAACAGGGAAAGAGAAGAAGCAGAACUCAAUAAAAGGAAAUUUCAAGAAAAAGAAAAAGAUUUUCAAAAUCUUAAAAAACUUUUAGAAGAAAAAGAAGAUUAUUGCAAAAGACUGCAUAGGGAAAUUGGUGAAUUGAAACAGAAUGAAAAAUCUGCUAAAGAAUCCGAUACUCUGAUGUCUGCUUUAGCUGCGAUGCAAGAGAAAAAUAUGAUGUUGGAAAAAUCACUCAGUGCUGAGACAAGAUUGAAACUCGAUCUUUUUUCCGCUCUUGGAGAUGUGAAACGACAAUAUGAAAUUGAGCAAAGUGUUCGAAUGCAGCGUGAAGUUGAAAUUCGUGAGCUGAAGUCAAGAGUCGCAGAAGUUUUAUCUGUUUUGCCAGAAUCACAAAUGAGGUCUUCCACUCCUCACUAUUCCGCCAAUUUUCUAGAAAAGCAAGUCCCACCAACUGUUCAACUUAGCCCCACCCAGCAUUAUUCUGCUCGUUUCUGCUCCGUUCCUGUUGCCCCAAUAUCUCCUCCAAACAUGGAGCCUCCACAUCCCAUCCCUAUCCACACAAACCCUAUGAUACCCCAACCCCAGGGCUUGAUUCAACAAAUGCCCCUUGACCCCAAUGCUGCUAUAUACACACCCCCAUCCUCUGCAGUGUAAAUCUCAUCCAUCGAUGUAUUUUUUUAUCAUGUCUCGCGGGAAUUGAUAUUGCUUUGGUGUAAAAUUGAGAAUUAGUUUAACCAUCCCUGUACUACUAUUGGUUUAAUGCAUGGUUAAAUUUUUUUUUCAAUUCUAAACCGCUUAUAAUGUGAGGUUUUCAUUUUCUUUCACAUUUUCCUGUUUUUUUUUUUAUAUUUAAAAGGGUGGUAUUGUCAAUGGUGGUAUAUAAGAAUGGAUAUCUCUCCUUUCAUCAUGUCAUUGCAUUCUUAUGUUCUUAUUUACCGCAAUACGUAAUAUUCAGAUAUUGUAUGUUAACUUUACUGUCAGGCUACAGUAUAGUUCACAGUGUGAAAAUAAUGAAGACGAAAUAUAUGGUUCUUGUCAUCUGGUAAGAAACAAGCUUGUUAUAAAGCUUACUCAGUCAAGAUAAAACUGCAUAUCGAAAUAUUUACUAAAUUACUACCUAUUAUUUGACGCUCCAGCUACUAUUUUUUAUGUUUUUGUUGAAGGCUGCUAUACUCGUUAAUUAGGAAAGCUAGUUUGAUGCCCCUGUUAUUCGAGGUUUUAAAGCUGUCCAGUAUCAACAUACAGAAAACGAUGUCAGCUUUAAUAUUUCAAAUGUUAAUAACAUGUUAAGCUUUCCUAUCAGUUUCAUUCCAAUAUCUUAUUUUUUUUUGAUUACCCUACAAACGGAAUACUGGAGUGAUCAAUUGUUUUUUCAAUCAUCAAUGGCUUUAAUUCGGAGUGUUAUGGGGAACAUAGUUGUAUUGAAGUCGAUAAAUACUUUGGAUAUACUUUUAUAAAUGGUUACGUUCUCGCUCAAGUUGCGUUUGCCAAGCCGAUCAGAAAACAGUGUUACUUUUGGUGCCUGAUAAUUGACAAAUUCGUGGAAUUACGGGUUCUCCAGUGGCUUCUUGCUGGAAUAAAUACAGUAUUGUGUCCUAUUUAGUCAUAAAGGAAUAUUAAAAUUAUUUGUUAAUAUGGUGAAAAUGAACGGAGAUGAUCUUUAUGUAUAUCAAUUUGAUAAUAAUGUAGUGUCUCGUAUACGGAUGUUCAAUAUAAUGGUCCAGAACCUGUUCGU